UCAGAGAUGGCCGCCUCCUCUUCCUCCUCCUUCGUCGUCCUCCUCCUCCUCCUCCCCGUCGCCGUGGAGACGCGACCUUCGCCUCAACGAGACGACGCUCAGGUUCUCCAGUCUCUUUUCGGUUCUCGUCUCUCUUCCCUCAUCUUGGCCCCUCCCACCCCCGAUGACAUCACAGAGGGGUCAGCCCAGAGCCCCGCCCCCUCCUCUUCUUCCUCCGCCUCCCCGCUGCACGCUGCGCGGGGAUUGGCCGGCAGACAGGAAGUGGUUCCCGGGUUCUUCCUGGACUUCCUGCAGCGGCACAGGAAGCUGCGUGGGCGGAGCAGGAAGUCGAUGCUGGGAGGAAGAGGAUGCUUCGGGAUGAAGAUGGACCGCAUCGGCUCGCUCAGCGGCCUGGGAUGUUAG